GAUUCUUCUCUAACAAGAAAAUUUAUCCAUAGUCACCUUCACAUAAUACGGAUUAAAUCGAUCAAUAAUAUAAUGAUGAAAAAGAAAAGGGUUCAAUUACUCCUCGCCAUUGUUGCCGUAGCCAGUCUCAGCACUACAGCCGAAAGAUGUCGGAAGAUGGUUGGUAAAGAAGCUUCAUCUAAAACUGGGCAGUUCAACAUCAUGUAUUGUUUAGAUGGGGGGAGUGGAAGCAUUGCGUGCGUAGCCAAGGAGGCUAUAAAGCUUUAUGCUUACAGCAUUAGAACCUCUCAUGUGGAUAGAGCAAAGAGCGUAGCAAUGCAAGGUGCUCUUACUGAUGCUGUUUCUCAAGGGAUGUCUACAAAAGAGGCAACUAAAGAAGAGAAUAAAGCGGCAACAAGAGCUGCCAAAGUGGCAACACGCCAAGUCGAUCGUGUUUUAGGUCCCAUUGUUUCCUCCGGAUGGGAUUUUUUUGAAGUUUUUUACUUUGGUGGUACAAUGACUGAAGGGUCACUACGAAGCUCAGGCACUUUGAUUGGCACCUAUUUGGUUGGAUUUCUUGGUGAGCAUAGUUUUGGGAAGAUUGGUUAUUGUGGUGGAAGCAUUAUGGGGAGUUGGGUUGGGGGGAGAUUGGUCUAUUGGUUUAUGAUUUGGUGAAUGGAGUACAUCACAUUUUUCAUAAUUCCCAAAUGAAGCAAACAAUUCAUGAAGAUUUUUAGGUUUAGUGUCACUUGAUCUAACUAUAUUG